AUGCAUCAUAGACACAUAUGGGAUGUUCCUGAAAUGGAUAUCAAUGAAGUACAACCAGAAACAGAAAAAACUAUUGACGAGGCAUAUCACCAGAAUAAAGAGGCUCCAUUGCUAUUAUCCACUGUUCAAGAAGAUGAUAACGAGGCAACUGUACUUCAUAGAGAUGAUGAUGUUGAACUCGAAACUAUAGAUGUAGAUCUUGUUCUAGCUGAGGAUGUCAUAGAUGAUGAUGAAGAGGAGGAGGAGGAGGAGGCGGAAGACGAAACAUUGUUUAACUAUAACAAUGAUGUGGUAGAGCCUGAGGAUAUUGUUCUAGAAGAAGAUGACUCAGAUCUAGAAUAUUAG